UAGGAGAGCUGGGGGCAGGAGGAUGGGGUGUUCCCUGCUGUCCAGUUUAAGACCCCUUCUUUGAGACCCUGGAUUUUGACAAGUUUCCAGAACUGAGAAGACACCCAGAUGUCCAGGUUUGAAGGUUUGUAGCUAUCUCUUGGCAGGGCUUCAUGGAGAAAUCUUUCCUGAUCACCAACCUGAAUCCCAGAACAGCCCCCAUCUUUCAAUGGACAGAAUGAGAGGCCUUUUGUAACCUGGCAUAACUCGCUGUCAUGGGGAAAUUCAUCAGGAUGGGAAUGCAGAAAAGGCAGUUACUCCGGCCAAAACGGCUUCAGUGGAGUCGCUUCCUCUUCCUACUGGGAAUGUUGAUCAUCGGUUCCACCUAUCAGCACCUGAGCAGCCCCCAGGGCCUCCCCUCACUGUGGGCAGCAGUCUCUUCUCAACACCCUGUAAAACUGGCCAGCCGGGAUCUGCUCAGCAGUGAGAUAAUGAUGGUGAGCAGUGACCCUCCAACAGCUAGUUCUGAAAUGGAGGGUGAGACACUGGCACCCCAAGCCACAGUGGACAAGAAGGAAGCAAAACCUGGCAUAACAAUGGAGAACACCCCCAAUAUACUCAGAAGAACAGCCAACAUCUUUCCAACGGUACCCAAGAAUAACUAUAGCCCAACAGCAGCAGGCACAGAAAGAGUGAAGGAAAACACCCUAACCACACCAAGUGGAGUACUGAAUCAUUAUACCCCAACUUCCAGCAGGUCAACAGUAAAGAAUUAUACUCCAACAACAUCCAGGGGAGAAAUGAAGCACUACCAUCCAACUCAAACCAGGGGAAAGGUGAAAAAAUACACCUUAUCCCCACAUGGUAGAGUAGUAAACUCUGCCCCAUCCACAUUCAUGACAAUGACAAGAAGCCAUGGGAUCACCCCCAGGACAACAGUAAAAGACAGUGAAACUAUGGCAACUUACAAAAUAUCAGAGACCACCCCCUCCAAGGGAGAAGUGAAGGAAACCAUCCCAACUACUCUCAAGGGAAUAAUUGAUAACACUCCAACUUUCCUGAUAAAUUACACAGAAACAAACAUUUUGACUUCUAGGAGUACAGUGGAAAAGAGUACCCUGAUUACCCCCAGAAAAGUGGACAAUAACAGCUCAACCAACAACCUGAUGACUUCCCAGGGAACAGCCUUAGAACACACCACAGCCAUCUCUGAGGGGCAAGUGACGAUUAGCACCAUGACAGGGAGCAGCCCAGCAGAAACCAAAGGCUCUACUGCUGCUUGGGAGGUUAGGAAUCCUUCAUCCAGAACCAGAGCACCAACCAUUGGAAUGUCCUUAGCCACCUUCUGGAAGCUGGCGAAGAGACCUUCCACAGCACCAAGCACCUCAGCAUCUCCCAGCGUCAGGUCAAAUCUGACCACCCAGGUUCGUCACUGUGUGGUUGUGGAGCCCACUCCGGCUAUGCCCACUACCCCCUCCCCCAGCCUGAUAACGGCCCUGCUUCCAGAGGCACCCAGUCCCUCAGCACUGCCCCCCACCCAGUCAGACCUCCACCCCAAAGCAGAGUACCCUCGAGACCUGUUCAGUGUGGAAGAGCGACGGCAGGGGUGGGUGGUCCUGCACAUCUUUGGCAUGAUGUAUGUGUUCGUGGCCUUGGCCAUUGUGUGUGACGAGUACUUUGUCCCAGCCCUGGGCGUCAUCACAGACAAGCUGCAGAUAUCUGAGGAUGUGGCAGGUGCCACAUUCAUGGCUGCUGGAGGCUCUGCUCCUGAGCUCUUUACCUCUCUCAUCGGCGUCUUCAUUUCCCACAGCAAUGUGGGCAUCGGCACCAUCGUGGGCUCUGCUGUGUUCAACAUCCUCUUUGUCAUCGGCACCUGUGCCCUAUUCUCCCGGGAGAUCCUCCACCUCACCUGGUGGCCCUUAUUCCGUGAUGUCUCCUUCUACAUCCUUGACCUGAUGAUGCUCAUUCUCUUCUUCCUGGACAGCCUCAUUGUCUGGUGGGAGAGCCUGCUGCUGCUGCUGGCCUAUGCCUCCUAUGUGUUCACUAUGAAGUGGAACAAGAAGCUCGAGCUCUGGGUGAAGGAGCAGCUCAACAGGAGGCCAAUGGCCAAGGUCAUGGCCCUAGGGGACUUCAGCAAGCCAGGUGAUGGGGCAGUUGCGGUGGAUGAGCUACAGGAUAACAAGAAGCUUAAGCUCCCGUCCGUGCUGACCCGAGGGAGCAGCUCAGCCUCUCUGCACAACAGCACCAUCCGCAGCACCAUCUAUCGGCUCAUGCUCCACAGUCUGGACCCUCUGGGGGAAGCCCACCCCUCCACGAACAAGGACGAGGAGAGCCUGAAUCAGGAGGCCAAAGCCAAGCCUCAGGCCAAAGCAGAGAGCAAACCAGAAGAGGAGGAGCCAGGCAAGCUCCCUGCGGUCACAGUCACACCAGCCCCUGCUCCAGACGACAAGGGAGAUCAGGAGGAGGAUCCUGGCGGUCAGGAAGGAGAUGUGGCUGGAGCGGACAGCACAGGUGAAAUGACAGGUGAAGAGGCUGAAGCUCCUGAAGGUGAAAAUGGAGAGCAAAGUGGAGGUGAAGCUCAGCUAGAAGAUGGAGGUGAAAUGGAAGCAGAAGGGAAAGGAAAUGAUGAAGGGGAAGGGGAAGUCCAAGCAGAAAGUACAGGAAAUGAUGAAGGUGAAGGUGAACUCCAAACAGGAGACGAUGGUGAUGAAACCGAAGAGCAGGAAUUUAAUGCUGAAAAUCAAAGUGAAGCCAAAAGUGAUGAGAGAGGUCCAGAUGGCGAAGGGGGAGGUGAUGGUGGACAUGAGAGGAAGAAUGGUGAAGUCCAAGCAGAAAUAAAAGGAAAUGAUGAAGGUGAAGGUGAACUCCAAGCAGGAGGAGAAGAUGGCAAAAUGAAAGGCGAUGAGGGUGAAACCAAAGAGCAGGAAUUCAAUGCUGAAAAUCAAGGCGAUGCCAGAAGUGAUGAGAAAGGUCCAGAUAGUGAAGGGGGAGGUGAUGGAGGUGACAGUGAAGAUGAGGAAGAAGGGGAGGAUGAAGAUGAGGAAGAGGAGGAGGAGGAAGAAGAAGAAAGUGAGGAGCCUUUGUCCCUGGAGUGGCCUGAAACCUGGCAGAAGCAGGCCAUUUACCUUUUCCUCCUGCCCAUUGUGUUCCCGCUGUGGCUGACAGUGCCUGACGUCCGGAGGCUGGAGUCUAGGAAGUUUUUUGUUAUCACCUUCCUGGGAUCCAUCAUGUGGAUAGCCAUGUUCUCAUACCUCAUGGUGUGGUGGGCUCACCAGGUUGGUGAAACAAUAGGGAUUUCUGAAGAGAUUAUGGGUUUGACGAUCCUAGCAGCAGGCACAUCAAUUCCUGACCUCAUCACAAGUGUGAUUGUUGCUCGGAAGGGCCUGGGAGACAUGGCUGUGUCCAGCUCUGUGGGCAGUAAUAUAUUUGACAUCACCGUGGGUCUUCCUGUUCCCUGGUUGCUUUUCUCUCUUAUGAAUGGACUACAGCCUGUUCCAGUCAGCAGCAAUGGCUUGUUCUGUGCAAUUGUUCUGCUUUUUCUCAUGCUCCUGUUUGUGAUCUCUUCAAUUGCAUCAUGCAAAUGGAGAAUGAACAAGAUCCUGGGCUUCACAAUGUUCCUCCUUUACUUUGUAUUCCUGAUAAUCAGUGUGAUGUUAGAAGAUCGAAUCAUAUCCUGUCCUGUAUCUAUCUGA